GUGUGCGUGUUCAACCCUCUUCACAGAGACAGUGUUACGGAAGAAGUUCAAGUGUGUUUAAACUUCAGAACAGCUUGUUAUUUCUUUUCUUUCGGUCGGUGUGUUUCUGUGAAGUUUCCAGACUCAUCUGUGUUUGUAGUGAUGGACUCAUACAGGAUUCAUUUCUAACAUCUUGAUGGUGAAGGAUUGUUUGUGGUUGAUUCUGCCAUGAACCGCGGCAAGUUCACGUCUGGAUCUCUGCGGCUGAAGGUUCCUCAUUAUGCCCCGCAGAGAUCUCCAUCACUUGCCAGCCUCAUUAAAUUCUGUGGCAUCAUCCUCCUUGUGUACUUCAUCGUGGCCUCUUACUUGCUGUCGAGAGGCGAGAGGAAGACUCUGCUGAAGGACCCCAGUGAAAGCACCCUCAGAGACUUGGUGCGCAGCAUCAGAACUAAAGUGACGUUCAGAGCCAGACGAGUUCCUGCCGUCAGCGAGCUGCUCGACCUUGACCCGCAUAUGUUCUCUGUGAUUCCGCUGCACUUUUUACCGGAUGUUAAGAACCCCUGCUGGUAUGAGGAGCUGCGUGGAAAUGUGAGCGCAUAUCCAUACGGAUCCAACCUGUACAGCCGCUUGUCCAGUAAUAUACAAAAUACCUUCGAGCGUCUGAGCGCCACGUUCAAAAAACAGUUAAUUCUGCACGACGGGAAACUCCAGCGCCUGCGAUGCCUUCCCUACUUCUACAUCAUCGGUCAGGCCAAGUGUGGCACGACGGACCUGUAUGAGCGCUUGAGGCUCCAUCCCGAUGUUCAUCUCACGCCACCCAAGGAACCGCACUGGUGGAGCCGGAGGAAGUUCGGAAUCAUUCGUCCCGGUGAUCCUCCUCUCACCCGCUUCCCGCUGGACCAUUACCUGGACCUGUUCGAUCCGGUGGCCCAGCAGAUACAGCACAGACUUCUGGGAAACUCCUCCAUCAGCAGCAGCAUCAUCACUGGUGAGGCCAGCGCUUCCACUAUGUGGGACAACAUGGCCUGGUCCUACCUCCAUGACAUCAGCAGAGAGGCGGAGCCUCCGUCACUCGUCCAGGACUUCAUUCACGCAGUGCAGCCGGAUGCGCGACUCAUCGCCAUCCUCAGAGACCCUGUGGAGAGACUCUAUUCAGACUAUUUGUACUUCGGCACGUCUAAUGAAUCAACGCUGGAUUUCCAUCAGAAGGUCUGUGAGUCUCUGCGUCUGUUCGACGCCUGUCUGCGGGACGCCGGUCUGAGAGCGUGUGUGUACAGCAGCACGCUGUAUUACGCCAUGAGUGUGCGGCUGCACGUGGGCCUGUAUGUGGUGUUUAUUCUGGACUGGUUGUCAGUGUUCAGCCGUGAUCAGCUCUUAGUUUUGCGUCUGGAGGAUCACGCUGCAAACCUGACGCACAGCAUGAACAGAGUCUUCCACUUCCUGCAGUUAGGUCCGGUGUCUGAACAGACAGAGAGACUCAUCAGCAGACGUCCCGUGGCAAACACCAGGGAUCCGUCGGACAGGAAACUGGGGCCGAUGAAGCCGGUGACACGAGAGCUGCUCCGGCAGUUUUACGCUCCUUUCAACCAGAAACUGUCUGCGGUGCUGCAGGAUGAGUCCUUCAUGUGGUAGAGUCGCUGCCGUUCACACGCAGAUCGCCUGUCAGAUGAGUUUGAUGCUGAUGGUUCAUUCCCUGGAUCAUGAAGGGACUUUUUGUAAAUGUUGAAGUAUUUUUAAACCACGCAGAGAAAAAAACCCUCUCUUUUAAGUGUUUGAAUCGCUGACAUCAGUGUGCAGUUUUACAGUCAGCAUGAAAAAUAAUUCAUGCUCAUAUUUUCUUUAUUGUGCCAUAUAUCCAAGUGAAACUGCUUCUCAAACAAGAACAAAUGUAGGGCGGGGCUUGAUUUUGUUUGUGGGGAAUUGAUUGGAUGGUUGUGGUUUGCUAUUGGUGGAUCUAAACACUGUGGAGAAUAAACACUGCAAUAUUCCAUAAAA